CUGUCACAUUUCAGUGUACUGUCAUUUACCUGCGGAAAUUUUUACUAAAUAAAAAUGGGUAACGCAAUGGGUUAUACGAUAGACAAUGCUUAUAACUUAAAGUAUCAUCCCGACGUAACACCUCAUCCGCUGAAAGAAUCGCGAUUUGAUCCACAGGAAGGCUUCCAAGGCACCCGCAAACGGAGAUCCGUAAAUGCAACGAAAGAGGACAUGCUUUCAGCUAAAAUUCCCCCUCAAAACAGAGAUUACUGUGUGGAUUAUUUAUUGAAAUUUCAAACUUGUCGUAAGGAUAAUUUUCCAUGGGUUGUUGCUUGCGAACACGAAAAACAUGAAUAUUUACAUUGCCAACAUGAAGAUUUUGUCCUUAGAAUGAAAGAAUUUGAACGUGAGCGACGAUUAAUGGUCAGAGAAAAGCAACGUUCAGGAUAAAUACAUAAUAAAGUGGUUUAUUUGGAUACAAAUAAUCACUAGAAGUUGUUUAGUAAUUGUAUAUAUUUAAAUAAAUUAUCAAAAAGUA